AAAUAUUUUAUUCAUUGUUGGGAGAAGUGUAACAAAAAAGAAGUGUUUAAAAAACAAACGAAAAAAUCUUUCUAAAAUCCAAAACAUUUGACAAAUUUUUUUUACUAAAAUGAUUAAAUUAAAAUCACUGUUCCGUAGAGGACAGACGCCCUCUCAAAACUCCUCCUCAUCAACGAAACAUUCCAGUAACAACAAUCGCAAUAAAUCCCAGUCCACCCAGUCCCUCAAUACCGCCAUUGACAACGAAGACAAACAAAACUCGGCCGCUGCAUCAUCAUCAACGAAAUUCUAUCCAGCCCCACAAAAUCCCUUAGUAAACAUUGUAGAUUCUUCGGCGGAAAGGGGAGUGGAUGUGGGUGACGAUCAAUUGACGCAUACACAAAGUUUGGAAAAUAAUAAGGCUAACUCACAGCACGCCAAUACUUUGCCGCACAAGACAAAAAAGGGCAGCACACCCAAAAAAGGGCAAAAACAACCCAAACCUUUGCCGGUUGCUCCAACAACUAAUAAAAAGUCUACGGCUGCAAGCGAUGUAAUGUCUUCAAUGGCUGCUGUAGUACCAGGUCAACAAAGUUCUGCGGUGGGCACUGUUAAGAAUAAUAAUUUCAAUCCGGCCUCUUCCAUAACAUCAUCACACUCUAAUCCAGCUAUAUCUUCGAACACGGCUGCUAACUCCUCGGGCAAUAAUGUGGCCAGUGAUUUGUAUACCAUAAAUCCGGCAUUUAUGGCUGCUGCAGCUGCUGCCAGUUAUCAAUUGUUAAAUAACGAACAGCAACAAAUAUUAGAGGCUACCAAUAGCAAAAUGCAGGAGCUGCAAACACAAUUGGAUCGUUUGGGUCGUGAAAAACUGCUGGCAGAAUCACGUGUCAACGAAUUGCUGCCGUAUCAAAAUGAAGUGACCAAACUAAAACAGGAACUUAUGAAAAUGCAGAGUGUCCAAGAGAAAAAUCAAUUGGAAAUUGCCAAUUUGAAAUAUGAAAAUGAAUCAUUAAGAAAUCGCUUAAGAGACGUGGUUAAUUCUCCUCUAUCUGAUGCGGAAAAACAUCAAAUCAUACAAGAUUCACAGCGUUUGCAUAGUUCAGCACCAGCUUCUAUAGCACUACCCACAUCCACAGACAACGAUAAUGGUGGCACUCCUUGCCUUACACCCGACUGGGAUAAACACUCGUCGUCUAGUGAAAUAUCUGUAGCUUGUUUGCAGGACAAAAUCAUACAAAUGGAAGAAACCCAUUACUCGACCAAUGAAGAAUUGCAAGCCACUCUACAGGAAUUAGCCGAUCUGCAAGUGCAACUAACCGAUGCUCAUGCCGAAAACGAACGUUUGGCCGAAGAAAAAGAUGUUUUGUUUCAAUCGUUAUGUCGACAAACCGAAAAACUUAAUGACUCUCGAACACAAAUCAAUAAUCUACAAGAACUUUUGCUAAGAGAUGCCAAACAGAAUAGUGCCGCCGAGGAAGUAGCCAAUACGGAGCGUGAAAAGAAGUUGAUGGAUUUAAUAAAAAGUGCUCAAGACGAACGUGAGGCGGUUUUAGUGAAACACGAAGAAUUGAAUGGUGAAUUACAGGAAAUGCGUCAAACUCAUGAAGCUCAAAACCUAGAACAGUCUCGUCUGCGUGAACGUAUUGCUCUGUUAGAAUCUUCCAUUGAUAACGAACAUGCUCAACGCAAACAAAUGGAAAGCCAGCUGUUAACAGCCAAAGAGGAAAUCUCCCAUGGUCUCAUAGAAAUCAAUCGUUUAACCACUCUACUGGAAAAUGCCAAAGCCAAAAUAGAAGAACUCGAACAAGACUUGGCACGAGGAGAUAAAACUGAUCUAAGUGAUUUGCUAGAUACAGCACGCAAAGAAAAGGAUGUAUUAGAGGAAAAAGUGGCUGAAUUGCAAGAUCAAUCCUCACGCAGCCAGGCCGAAGCAAGACGCCUCAAAGAACAACUAACCGAUGUUACGGAGGAGCUUAAAGUCACCAAAAACAAUAACAAAUGUGCUCUCUCACAUCUCGAAUAUCGUUUUGAGCAGCUGCAGCAAGAAAAAGACAAACUCUCGCUGGAAAAUCAACAACUUAACGAAACCACAUCUGAGCUACAAGUUCAAUGUAAAUGCCACCAAGAAGAUAAAACUCAACUACAAAAUUUAUUGGCGGAAACACAAAAACAUCUGGCCGAAAUGGAGCGUAAACUCAACGAUACUCAAACACAAUUGGAGGAUUUGCAGCAGUUGCGCAAACAGGAGAUAGAAGAAUGGCAGCAGUUCCAGUCGGAUCUAUUGAUGACGGUGCGUGUGGCCAAUGAUUUUAAGACUGAAGCUUUAAGUGCUCGCGAACAAUUAGUUUUGGAUAAUAAAACCCAAAAGGAAAAGAUACGCAUGCUAGAGCAACAAAUUGAAAAAUUAACCAAACAACAACAACAACAAACUGAAACCCAGCAAUCUGUUUUAACGACCGUGCAACAGGAAAUGGCCUCUAGACGCAGUAAAAUUGGCAGCUUUUCAAGACAGGACUCCAGACUGUCGGUGAAGACUUUAAUCGAGAGUAUAGAAAAUAAUAAACAGACUGCUAAACCGGAAGAACCAGAAUCUCGUUACAGUUCUUCCUCCAGCUUAAAUAGUAACACUACACCCGAAAUAACAACCAGUACUAUGCCUCUGGGCAAUACAAAUACCAAUACAGCAGACUGGUCAGAGAAUGUUUCUCGUUUAACUCCUUUGAUAGGCAGCUUAAAUAACACAACAACGACAACGGCAGCUUGUACACCAAAUACAAAUAAUACCACAACAUCAUUGGUAUCCUCAUUGAAUACCACAACAACCAAAGGUCCUUUAAGGGAACAACAACAGCAGCAAUCAAAUAUACACAUUAGUAGUUUAAAUAAUGUCUCCAAAUCAUUGUUAAGUGGCGAACGUAAGGAUCCCUUAAAUAUGCUGGCCAAAAAUGGUGGUUCCAAGCGUAAUGCUUUAUUGAAAUGGUGUCAGAAUAAAACCGUAGGCUAUCGCAAUAUCGACAUCACAAAUUUCAGCUCAUCCUGGAAUGAUGGUUUAGCAUUUUGUGCAAUUUUACAUUCCUAUUUACCGGAUCGCAUUCCUUAUGAUACUUUAAGUCCAACCAAUAAACGACGUAACUUUUCUUUGGCAUUUGCGGCUGCCGAAUCGGUGGGCAUAACCACAACUUUGAAUAUCAAUGACAUGUGUCAAAUUGAACGUCCCGAUUGGACUCAAGUAAUGUCUUAUGUUACUGCUAUUUAUAAACAUUUUGAAACUUAAAUUUAUUUCUAAUUGUCUAUUCAUACUCUUACUAUUUUUACCUUUAACUAUUAUAUUAACCUUAAUAUUAAUAUUAAAUUUAAUUUAAUCGUAUAUUUAAACAAAAUAAAAAACAAAUGUUGGCUUAUUUUUAUUGUUAACACUUGGUAUAUAUUAAAUGUUAUUAAUUUUAUUUAAUUUUUUAUUAAUUAUAAGACUUGCCCUGAUUUUUUUUUUCUUAUUAUUAUUUUUAAAUUUAAAAACUACAAACCAAAUUUUAGUUUUUUUUUCUUAUGUUUGUUAUUUUUAUGUUUUUAGUUUCUCUUUGUUGUCAUUUUAGGACCGCCCUUUCUUAUAAUUUUAUUAUUUAUUUUAUAUAUUUUUAUUAAAUAAAAUAUUCAUAAUAAAUUUAUUAAGAAUUAAAACAAACAACAAAAAAAAUGUAAAUAUUGCUACUAAACAAAACAAAAACCACAACACCAAUUACUAAAAAAAAGAAUUUUAAUUUAUUUUUGAUAAAAAAGAGAAAUAAACGAAAAAUUUAAAAAAUUAUUCAAAUAAAUACAAAAUAUAUAUAAA